UCUGCCGCCGUGGGCAUGUGUCAUGCCUAGUCAGGCUAGGAAGAAGAUGAAGAUAUUCCAUCUCGUGGGUAUGCACCAAUGAGUGCCCCAUAGUCAAAGGGACUACAUCCACCGAGAGUAUACCGCCCUCAGCUACUGGAAAGGUCCUUCCUGGAGAUCUUUUGAAGCCUCGUGCGUGAUUCGAGCCCAAGAAAGUCUUUCGACACCGACGUCCAACCAGGCACGGCCCGUAGCCUCAAAUCCAAGGCGAUGCACACGGACCACGCUCCGCUUCUGGACGAAGUCGAGCCGUUGGACGGCGAUGGAACUGAAGCGGGCCUCCAACAGCCUUCGUCCGCGGCCCCACAACAGUCGACUUCGGUGGCCAGUGUUAGCGUAGACGCUGCAACCGCCCAGAUCGGAGAUGGCGUGGCUGAUUCUGGAUCGACGCACGACAGUCAAGGGGGCGGAAGUGGCGCAGAUAAGGUUUUGCGGGACACUCCGAGCCGCUCUCCUCGACCAGUGGCUCCUCUCAUGGAAGCAGAAGGUGAUCCAGAAUCGCCGAGGGGCCGUCCACAAUACCUGCGUAGGCAAAUCUCGUUCAUCCUCUCCCUCUCGCGGUACUCGCCGAUGCUCGUGCUCAUCACGCUGCUAAACCUGACCGUGAUGUUCCUGCUGCUGCUCUUCAGGCGCCAGAAACUUGCCCAGCUCGCCGAAGAUCAUUUGAGUUACUAAAUUGGACCUCUAUUUCCGUGUGUGUCACUUUUCGGCGUGGAAAAACGCCUCUAGUGCUAUGCCAGUCCAAUGGGAAGCUCUAAUAUUUGCAGACAAGUUACCAGUGCAGAUACAUUUGCUAUAUUGCAGAAUUUUAAAAAAAUGUUCUCAAAUAGAAAUUCAAAACGCCAGACUGUCG